UUUCGGCUGGUUUGAUUCAUCCAUUUUGAAGAGACGGGGGAGCGGGGGGCUCGUCAGAUUAAGGGGCCCUGAACCUAGGAGCGGCGGAGUUUGAGAAGCCAGCAGCUCGGGGUUCGGCGGCAGCGGCCCUAUCGGCCGAAGUUGGGGGGGGUGGGGCGCCGAGCGCGCGGGGGUGGGGGGGGUCCUGGUCUUUGGCUUCUCGACUCGGUCCUGUUUCGACAGCGAACAUGUCUCGGCCUGUCAGAAAUAGGAAGGUCGUUGAUUAUUCACAAUUUCAGGAAUCUGAUGAUGCUGAUGAAGAUUAUGGGAGAGAUUCGGGCCCUCCCGCUAAGAAAAUUCGAUCAUCUCCCCGAGAAGCUAAAAAUAAGAGACGAUCCGGAAAGAAUUCCCAGGAAGAUAGUGAGGACUCCGAAGAAAAAGAUGUGAAGACCAAGAAGGAUGAUUCUCAUUCGGCAGAGGACAGUGAAGAUGAAAAAGAAGAUCAUAAAAAUGUGCGCCAGCAACGGCAGGCAGCCUCUAAAGCAGCCUCUAAACAGAGGGAGAUGCUUAUGGAGGAUGUGGGCAGCGAAGAAGAGCAAGAAGAAGAGGAUGAGGCGCCCUUCCAGGAGAAUUCCGGCAGUGAUGAGGAUUUCCUAAUGGAAGACGAUGAUGAUAGUGACUAUGGCAGUUCAAAAAAGAAAAACAAAAAGAUGGUUAAGAAGUCCAAACCUGAGAGAAAAGAAAAGAAAAUGCCCAAACCCAGGCUAAAGGCCACAGUGACGCCAAGUCCUGUGAAAGGCAAAGGGAAAGCGGGUCGUCCCACAGCUUCAAAGGCAUCAAAGGAAAAGACUCCUUCUCCCAAAGAAGAAGACGAGGAGCCGGAAAGCCCUCCAGAAAAGAAGACAUCUGCAAGCCCUCCACCUGAGAAAUCUGGAGAUGAAGGGUCUGAAGAUGAAGCCCAGUCUGGGGAGGAUUAAAAGUGAUGAUGGUUUGGGGAGAGAUUUUAUUAAAAAAAAAAAAGAGAGAAAAAAAAAGAAAAAAGAAAAAAGAGGGAAAAAAAAAGAAAACCUACUUAAGAUAGAAUAUGGUUUUGGCUAUGGCUUGACUCAUGGGCUUUCAGUGCUUUUUUUUUUUCCUUUUAUCGAAAAUAACAUUUUCUCUUUCUCUCUCUUUUUUUAAGAAAACCAUUGUAUGUUUAAUUUACCUUUUUUUGUCUAUUGGUCUUCUCUUUGUCACUCCCCCCUCUUCCCCCUCCCCCCCUUCCCAAUGAAAGCCAUGUUAAAUUAA